CGUCUUCCCGUCCAUUAGCCACCGACACCACAGUCAACCAUAACGAUACCCAUCUGCACUCGACACUUCCCCCGUCAAAAAAGCGCUCCUUGCUGAAGCGUCCCUUCAACUGAAUGCGAAAAUCCGUCAUACUUAUCAGAUGCAGGGCUCUGGCCCCCUCUCCAGCAGCUGAAGCACGCCAUCCCUGUCCUCUCUGCUCCACGUCCACGGCCAUCCUCCACGCUGAGCCAUGACCACCCAGAGGGAUCUUGACAUGGUGCACCUCCGCCUCAUCCUGGUCAGUGGGAAGACGCAAGAUUUCACUUUCUCUCCAAACGACUCGGCCACAGACAUCGCCAAACACGUGUUCGAGAACUGGCCUGCAGGAUGGGAGGAGGAGCAGGUGAGCAGUCCCAGCAUACUGCGCCUCAUCUUCCAGGGACGCUUCCUUCAUGGCAACGUCACCCUGGGAGCUCUGAAGCUGCCACCGGGACGGACGACUGUCAUGCAUUUGGUCGCUAGAGAGACUCUUCCAGAGCCCAACUCUCAUGGUCAAAGGAACAGAGAAAAAACCACAGAGAGCAACUGCUGCCUUCUCUUGUAAAGCGACUGAAACGACACCCUGCCCCCUAA